AUGAGUUUGGUCUUACUCUUUACUGCUAUCGCUGCAGCUCUUCCUAUAGAUCAGACAAAAGAAAUAAGCAAAAUUGCUUUUGGAUCAUGUCAUCAUCAUAAUCGUGCAAAAAAUCCUGAGAUUUUUCAUUCGAUUUCUCAAUGAAAACCUGAUCUCUUUUUAUGGCUUGGGGAUGCUGUAUAUGCAGAUAUUCUCUACACGCACUUUAUAUCAUUUCCUAAUAAUAUUGAGAACUGAAGAAUGCUUUAUAAUAAGCUUAAGAAUAUUUCUGAAUACCAAGAGCUUAUCAAUACUUCAAUGAUCAGUGGAGUGUGAGACGAUCAUGAUUAUGGAAUUAAUGAUGGGGAUAAAACAUUUUCUAUGAAAAAUGAAUCAAAACAGCUUUUUCUUGAGUUUUUGGGAGAAAACAACAGUGAAAGAUGAAAUCAUGAUGGGCUGUAUCAAUCUUACACGUUUGGAAAUAAUGGAAAAAGGAUUAAAAUUAUAUUGAUCGAUAUAAGAUGAUUCAGAGAUAAUAAAAAAGAUACUGAUGGAGACUCUUUAGGCGAAGAGCAGUGAAAUUGGCUUGAAAAAGAACUUAAAAAUCCUGGCGAUAUAACAAUUAUCGGAAAUGGCUUGCAAAUAACAGUUCAAGAUCGAUUAGGGCCUACAGAAAGAUGGCACGAUAAAUCAUACAACAGAUUGAUGAAAAAUCUUGAAAAGGUCCCUGGAGCAAUUUUAUUGUCAGGCGAUGUCCAUAUUGGAGAAAUAUUAAAACAAAAUUGCAAUAAAUACACAAUUUAUGAAGUAACUUCAAGUGGUAUGACUCAUACCGCUUACACAGUUUUUGGUUAUAUUGGGCUCUUUUUAAGUACCUUUGACUUGCAUUUUGGUAAUAAUGUUGGACCUAGAAUUUAUGAAUUUAAUUAUGGUACUCUUGAAGUUGAUUGAAAUUCAAGAACAAUUGAAAUGGCAAUAAGAGAUUCGUUUGGGAAUAUUCUUCAAAGUGAACUAAUAACUAUCGAAAAAUUGAAAACACCUAUUGAAAAGCCAUCAUAUUAUUGUGGAAAAACUUCAUUUUAUAUAAAUAGUACGCACAUCUUAUCUAUGACAGUCGUGUUUGCUUGCCCAGCUUUUAUCCUUCUUAUGGCUUUAAUUAUAGCCUUAAGAAAAUAUUCUCAUACUUAUUAA